AUGGUGCUGGUCUUGUUCGAGACUGCCGUAGGCUUCUGCCUGUUUUCGCUUUCUGAUGAGGGCAAGGUGAGCUCUCCGGACUUGUAUAAGUCGUUCGAGAGCGAGACGGAGGCGAACCGUCUGCUGCAGCUCUCGGCGAUCCACCGCUUCCAGAGCACGGUCGAGGCGGUGGAAGGCGCUACGGCCAUCAACGAGGGCAAGCUGAGCAAGGGCCUCAAAAAGUUCCUCCAGCAGGAGAUCCUCGAGAAGGGUGGCUCGGCUGGCGCCAAGGGCGCCUCGACGGAAAAGCUCCUCGUCUCGGAGCCCAAGCUCGCAUCGGCCAUCACGAAAAAGCUCGGCAUUGAGGUGGCGUCGGACUCGAGUCUCAUGGACCUCUACCGCGGUAUCCGUGAGAACCUCGCAUCGCUCCUCUCGGGCACCACCUCGGACGAGGGUGCGCUCGACCCGCGGGACCUCAACACCAUGUCGCUCGGUCUCUCGCAUAGCUUGAGCCGCUACAAGCUCAAGUUUAGCCCGGACAAGGUGGACACGAUGGUUGUCCAGGCGAUUGCGCUCCUCGACGACCUCGACAAGGAGCUCAAUAUCUACGCCAUGCGCGUCAAGGAGUGGUACGGCUGGCACUUCCCCGAGAUGGGCAAGAUUAUCACCGACAACAUCGCCUAUGCCAAGGUGAUCCGUGCGGUCGGUUUCCGCACCAACGCCUCGGCCUCGGACCUUGCCGAGAUCCUCCCGGAGGAGAUCGAGGCGACGCUCAAGUCCGCCGCCGAGAUCUCGAUGGGUACCGAGAUCAGCGAGACGGACAUGGAGCACAUCUGGAGCCUCUGUGACCAGGUGAUCGCCAUCAGCGAGUACCGCGCGCAGCUCUACUCCUACCUCUGCAACCGCAUGGCGGCCAUCGCGCCGAACCUCACUGCCCUGGUCGGCGAGCUGGUCGGCGCCCGCCUCAUUUCCCACGCGGGCUCGCUCAUGAACCUCGCCAAGCAGCCUGCCUCGACGAUCCAGAUCCUGGGUGCCGAGAAGGCGCUUUUCCGUGCGCUCAAGACGAAGCACGAUACGCCCAAGUACGGUCUGCUCUACCACUCGAGCCUGGUCGGCAUGGCCGCGCCCAAGUCCAAGGGUAAGAUGGCGCGCAUGGUCGCGACCAAGGCGGCCCUCUCGACGCGUCUCGACGCGCUCGCAGACGCCGAGUCGAAGGCCGACAUGUCGGGCCCCACGAUCGGCUCCGAGGCGCGCGCCAAGCUCGAAGCGCGUGCGCGUGGCCUCGAGAACCGCACGGCGGUGUCGGGCGUGCGUGCCGGCCGCGGUACCGACGGCGGCUACAAGCAAAAGGCGUACGUCCCCGAGGCCAACGGCCGCGCGUACAAUGUCGGUGCGGACGCGCCGCCGGUCGUGACGGGCGUCGCCGACGACGACGAGGACGACGAGGACGACGAAGAGGAAGAGGAGGAGAAGCCCAAGAAGGAGAAGAAGGAAAAGAAGGAGAAGAAGGAAAAGAAGGAAAAGAAGGACAAGAAGGACAAGAAGGAAAAGAAGUCGAAGCGGUCCGCCGACGACGACGCCGACGAGGGCGAGAAGAAGAAGAAGAAGAAGAAGUCGCACAAGGACGAGUAG